CCGGAUGAAUCAGUUUGUCCGUAGGGUAGUGGACCUUUGCAGUAGACGAGGGUUUUUUCUUAUUCAACAGUCGGCUGGUCAGAUACUGAUUCCAACUUAUGGACACUUGGGAACAGCCAUGAGGCGGAGCAUACCUGCAGAAUGGUGGCAGUCAUUGGUUGGCGUAAAUCAAAAUAUGUUUGGAUUGGAAUGUGCAAUGUCAUCAAACGGUUUAACAGAAUCAGCUAUGCCACUUUCAUCUCUGAGGUUUGACCUAAUGACUGACGUUUUCAAACUUUUAUCUUGUAUGCCUCAAUUACUCGAAAGCCACCAGUUGCCUUUUGGAAUUGCUCAAAUAGGUAAAAUCUUCAGAACAGAUGAGUCUUUUGGACCAUUCAGGUUUUCUGAAAUGGAUGCAAUGACUCUUGUCUAUUUUUGUGGACCUGAAGAUGCUAGUCGUACUCUAAGCCAUUUAGAAAGAACCAGACUGCAGUGGUGGAAACAAUACAGCUAUGAUAAGAGAUUAUUCUCUGUUGGUGAUAGAAGCUGUGAUACAAUAUAUCCAAGGCCUGUGAAUCAUCGAGCAGUUGUGUAUCACUUUCCAUGGGGAGAAGAUGAAGUUGAGCAAAUUGUUCAUAUUGAUCAUCAGAGCUUAGAGCAUUAUCAGCCUAAUAUCAAGACGGCUUUACGAAGUGAUACCAUUCCACACUGUAUAGUUCUGACAUCUACUGUUGACAAGGUAUUUCUUACUAUGUUACUUGAUGGUUACAAGGAAACUCAACGGUUUACGAGAGAGGGGGCCUUGAUUCGACAGAAGGUAUGUUACUUUCAUCCAAGACUUGCACCAUAUAAAGCUGCUGUUUUGCCAGCUGUUGGUGAUGUAGCUGAAUUUUGUAAGCUAGCUGAGAAAUUAACUGAUGAACUGAGACAAGCUGGUUUAGCAGUGACAUAUGACAACAAUGGUGAUUUGGAAGACAGAUUUGUUCGACAAGAUGAAAUUGGUACUCCAUUCUGCAUUGUGAUUGAUGAGAGUACAGUAAAGAAAGGUAUCUGUCAACUAAGAAGUCGGGACACAACUCAAGCUGAGCUAUUGGAAUUUAACGAUGUCAGAGUCACUCUUCAAUAUUAUUUGAAGGCUAACUAGCGACUUGCAAUGUUUAGCUAAUACUAAGACAUUUGAGAAAAUUCAACUGUUGUUUUAAUAUAUAAUGUGCUUGGACAAAGGUUUUCAUUCUAAUAUGGUAUUUGUUUUAUUUGUUUCCUUGUUCACAAAGACGUAACUGUAAUAAGAUUUCUGUUUUUAUUGUUGUGAAUUUGAACGUGAGAGACUAUCAGUAU